UACGGGGGCAGGUGGGUUGGUGGGCGGCGGCAAGCACAGGAUGUGGAGCCAGACGCCCACGGCCCGGGCAUCCCGGCGGCCCCAGUAAAUAAAGCCCGGGUGGAGAAGCCUCGCAUGAGGCCUUUCGGUGGCUCCGGAGGUGCCUCUGCCCGGCCCUCCUUGCCCCGCUGAGCAGAAGGGAAAGGGAGCGGGGUCCGGAGAAGAAGUCCGGCCAGAGGAGCCGGGCUUAGCCUCUCCCCCCACCACCACCCCCGCCCGCUUCCAGACCGGCCCCAUCGGCCCGGAUCCCUUCGGCGCCCUUUCCCCGCCCGCACCCUCGAGCCCACGCCUUUGGAAGUGAAGGGAUGUCUUCUGCCAGCUCCGUGGACAUGAUUGAAACCCCCCCAGUGCUCAAUUUCGAAGAGAUCGACUACAAAGAGAUCGAGGUGGAAGAGGUUGUUGGAAGAGGUGCCUUUGGAGUGGUUUGCAAAGCAAAAUGGCGAGGGAAGGACGUGGCCAUUAAGCAAAUAGAAAGUGAAUCUGAACGAAAAGCCUUCAUAGUAGAGCUUCGACAGUUGUCACGUGUGAACCAUCCUAAUAUUGUCAAGUUAUAUGGUGCUUGUUUGAAUCCAGUGUGUCUUGUUAUGGAAUAUGCUGAAGGAGGCUCACUCUAUAAUGUCCUUCAUGGUGCUGAGCCGCUGCCUUACUACACUGCUGCACAUGCAAUGAGUUGGUGUUUACAGUGUUCCCAAGGAGUAGCAUAUCUUCACAGCAUGAAACCAAAGGCUCUCAUUCACAGGGAUCUAAAACCACCAAACUUGCUUUUGGUGGCAGGGGGAACAGUUUUAAAGAUCUGUGAUUUUGGUACAGCCUGUGAUAUUCAGACACAUAUGACCAACAAUAAGGGAAGUGCUGCUUGGAUGGCACCAGAAGUUUUUGAAGGUAGCAAUUAUAGUGAAAAAUGUGAUGUAUUCAGCUGGGGUAUUAUUCUUUGGGAAGUGAUUACCCGUAGAAAACCUUUUGAUGAAAUUGGUGGUCCUGCUUUUCGAAUCAUGUGGGCAGUUCACAAUGGUACUCGGCCGCCAUUGAUAAAAAAUUUGCCUAAACCUAUUGAGAGUUUAAUGACACGCUGUUGGUCUAAAGACCCCUCCCAGCGACCUUCCAUGGAGGAAAUUGUGAAAAUAAUGACACAUCUGAUGCAGUAUUUUCCAGGGGCUGAUGAACCUCUACAAUAUCCUUGUCAAUAUUCUGAUGAAGGCCAAAGCAACUCUGCCACUAGUACUGGCUCAUUUAUGGAUAUGACUUCCACAAAUACGAGUAACAAGAGUGAUGCCAACAUGGAACCAAAUGAUUUUCAAGGAACUACUACCAAUGACACGAUUAAACGUUUAGAGUCAAAACUGGCCCAGCAGAUGAAAAAUUCAGGAAAACAGCCGGGAGAACCUGGCCGUUUGAGUUUACCUCCGUCUCGUGGUAGCAGUGUGGAGAGCUUGUCGGAUGUUCGUGGACGACCACAGUCAACCCUUGUUUCAGGAGAAAGCAAGCGAAUGAGUGCUGAUAUGUCUGAAAUUGAAGCCAGAAUUGCUGCUACUGCAGCAGGCAACGGACAACAGAGGCGCAGAUCCAUUCAAGAUCUUAGUAUUGCUGGAACAGAAACCAACCAGGAAAGCAGAAACAGUAGUAGGUCAUCUAGUCCUAGUGUGAGAAUGAUCACUACCUCGGGACCAACCUCUGAAAAACCAGCUCGCAGUCUUCCAUGGACACCUGAUGAUUCUACAGACACCAAUGGAUCUGAUAAUUCCAUCCCAAUGGCAUACCUUACUUUAGAUCACCAAUUGCAACCUCUAGCCCCAUGUCCAAACUCAAAAGAAUCCAUGGCUGUAUUUGAACAGCACUGUAAAAUGGCACAAGAAUAUAUGAAAGUUCAAACAGAAAUAGCAUUGCUAUUGCAGAGAAAGCAAGAACUAAUAGCAGAACUGGACCAGGAUGAAAAAGACCAGCAAAAUACUUCACGUCUGGUACAAGAGCAUAAAAAGCUUUUAGAUGAAAAUAAAAGCCUUUCCACAUACUACCAGCAAUGCAAAAAACAAUUGGAGGUCAUCCGAAAUCAGCAACAAAAACGUCAAGGGACAUCAUGAUUCAAAGAGACUUCAAAUUGACAGUGAUGCACAGAAAAACUUUCUUUUUUAAAUUAUCACAUAAUAGGACAACUUCUGAGUGUUUCCUUAUUGAUGUGUGCUGAAUAUGUAGACAUACCUGCUGCUCUUCCAGCAUCAGUUCAGUAUCUUUAUUUGGGUGAAGGUUGAGUUUUUUCAGAAAGGUAAGAACAGCUACAUGUGUAAUCAGCAGCACUAAACAUAAAGCAACAUGCAAUGAACUCUGGCUGUUUGCAUGCCCCUUGUGUGAUGGCUGCCCUACCAAAAGCGGCUAAGUGGCUGCUAAAUUGUAAGAUCUUUUGGUGUUAAUGCAAUAGAAGCAAUAUAGAAUUUUUCCAUUUUUAGACUUUUUGUUUUUCUCUCAUCUUGGACUGUUUGCAAGAACUGCCCAUUUCCCCAGAACUCAGCCUUCUUCAAGCUCACAACAUGAUGUAGGCUGAACAAUGAAUUCUUUUAAAUAGUUCCAUCCUCAGUAUUAAAGAUAAGAAGUCUAAACUGAUGUCACCAUUGUUAGUUGAGUGUUUGGUUACCCUGCGUCUUAUAAUCAUACCAUCUUGUAUUUUCUUUGAUUUGGGGUCAAGGGAUGAGAAGGGUAUGGUGUCAAGGCCAUAUAUGCAAUGUGAGGAUAAAGAUUCAUUAAGCCAAA